UCAGUGUGGCCCCAAAAGUGCCAUCUGUAAGUGCUCAUCAGUGCCACGUGCCAGUGCCCAUCAAUGCCACGUGCCAGUGCCCAUCAGUGCCACAUCAAUGCCACAUAUCAGUGCCCAUCUGAGCUGCCUUUCAAUGUCACCCAUAAGUGCCAGUCAGUGCCACCUAUCAAUGCCAAUCAGUGCCACCUAUCAGUGCCAUGCCCAUCAGUGCCACCUAUCAGUGCCCAUCAGUGCAGCCUAUCAGUGCCCAUUACUGCAGCCUCAUUAGCGCACAUCAGUGUAGGAGAAAAAUCACUUAUUUACAAAAUUGUAUAA